AUGAUCCCCACGGUUAAACUAAAAAGUUCCGUGGACAUUACAUAUUAUCCAUAUGAUAAACAGAAAUGUGAAAUUCACAUAGCAAGUUGGGGGUAUACAGACAAUGAAGUUGCCCUGGAAACACCCAAUGUCCCCGUCAACUUAGCCGACUUUGAGACGCAUGGUGAAUGGGAGAUAACAUCAUCAAGUACUGUAAUUACCUAUAUUGUUGAGACGUUAGAUGACGGUACAGUCCGACAGUUUCCGGAGAUACAAUUCUUACUUUUCUUAGGUUAUUGUUUUGUUUCUAACAUCCAGCAUGUAAAAAAGAUUAUUCAGAAAUGUUUGUUGUCCAUUUUAUUUUCAAAGAUUCGCUACAUUUCAUUAUUUUUUUCAGAGCGGAGAUCAGGGUAUUAUAACCUGAAUGUCAUCAUGCCAAUAAUAUUGACGUCCCUGCUCGUGGCGUUGACGUUUAUAGUUCCGGUAGAGUGCGGUGAAAAGUUGUCCUACAUUCUAACAGUAUUUCUCUCGCUUGCUGUGCUACUUACUCUAGUUGCUGACUCCAUGCCGUCAACGUCUAUCACAACGUCUGUUCUAGGUCUUUAUCUUGCCUUGGUCACGGUGUUGUCGGCUGUAGGAAUUCUUAUCACAGUUUUCAUUCUGAUCUUAUUCAACAAACCGGGAGUCGCAAAAUCUAACUCGUGCAUCAUGAAGGUUACUCGCUUUGCUGCCAAGAUCACGUGUUCAUUAAAAUUGACACGUGACAGCCGUAUGAACAGUGUGUCACCUGCAUCAGACGAGGAGGGUGAUAGUAAAAUUUCAAAAUCUGACGCCACCUGUGACGUCACGUGGAGGGAUGUAGCGAUAGUGCUUGAUAGACUGUGUUUUCUUGUUUUUACAAUUGUUACUAUUUUAAUGAAUCUAUCAUUUGUUAUUGCACUUGUAGGAGGAGGAAAGGCAAGCGAACCGUAAUAUGAACAUACAGAUAUUAUGACUAUUGAUCUUGCCAGUGUUUAACUGUUUUCUGUCAUUUAUUAUAUCUUUUAUAAACUUUUUAUGCUCCCCGAAGGGAGAGCAUAUUGAUGCCGCUUUGUCUGUCUGUCUGUACGUCCGCAUUUUCUUGUCCAGGACAUAACUCUGAAACUACAAGAGAUAUCAACAAGAAACUUAGUAGGUAGUUAGAUCUUACUAAGUAGAAGUACAGUGCACAAGAACAGUAACUCUGUCUUACCUCAUUUUGGAGUAAUUGCCCAUUUUCAUUUUCACACUUUUGCCCGGGACAUAACUCUGAAACCAAAAAAAAAAAAAAGGUAUCAACAAGAAAUACUUUCUUCAUUGCAUAUUUAAACAGUUCUCGUUUUUCAGUUGUCAACUUACGUCUUAGUAUGUCGUGAUAAGUCUUAGUAUGUCGUGAUAACGGUAUAUUGUAUGAUGUAAGAGAACAACUAACUCAUAAAAGUGACACUUUUUACAUUGUUAAAUGCAAGUAAUUUAUUUAUCAAUAUGUUUACCAUAGCGGUAAUACUUAUACAAUUCCUUUUUUCCAUGUGUUUUUGAGAACAAUAUGGAUGAACGUGAGGUUCCAGACAACAUAAGUGUUUACAUGUUAUGAAUAAUUUAAAAACAAUUAAAAUUUCGUAAAAAAUCAGGUGGCGUACUUUGGUUUGUUUUAUUUACACGAAAAUUGUAAAUGCUUGUACCUGAAAUAGCCUAA